AUGCAAGAUCGGGCACUGCAGACAGUCAAGAAAUACUUAAAUACUUUCCAGCAGUGGAAGAAGUGGGCAAAGAGAAAAAGUCUCCAUGCCCUCCCUGCAUCAGGGUAUGAAUUUGCUUUGUAUAUUGCUUACCUGCUCAGAAAGGCCAAGUCAGUGUCAACAAUUCAUGCAGCAGUUUACGAGGUAGCAUGGGCACAUAAGAAAGUAGCUGCAGUAUCACCGACAGAGCACCCUUUAGUUAAACAAAUGGUUGAGGCAGCAAAAAGAAUACUCUGUAUUGCCCCAAAAAACAGAAAGCAACCACUAGGCAUAGAUCAUAUAAAGAAACUUGUUCGUAAAUUUGGUGGUGGUGGAGACCUGAGUAAGCUGCAGAUUACAUGUUUAAUAACAUUGGGUUAUAGUGUUUUUUUGCUGCGAUGCGAUGAUUUGGCAAAGCUCAAAAAACAGGAUGUGUUAUUUUACAAAGAUCAUAUGUGGAUUUUCUUCAAAAGAGAAAAAUUGAUCAAUAUCGUGAGGGUUCAUGGAUUUUUAUAG